AUGUCUCUUCUCGGUGGACUCUCUGAGGUUUUGGAAGCAGAUGGAGUAACCGAGGUGAUCUGUGACAUGAUGAGGACCGAGGUUGAAGCAAGGACAGGGAAGAACUACGACAUGUUCAAACCCGAGAUGUACAAGACGCAGCUUGUGGCCGGGACCAACUACUUCAUUAAGGUCUAUGUGGGAGGAGAUGAUCAUGUUCAUCUCCGCGUUUACCAAAAACUGCCAUGUAAUGGAGGAACCCUUGAGCUGACUGAGAUUCAGCAAGGCAAAAGCCACCACGACCCCAUUGAUUAUUUCUAAAGGGACCACAAACCCAGCAAAGCAUCCUAUCAGUGCCUACAGGCUGUUCA